AUGGAAGCAGAAUUUAAGUGUCGUUUUGAAACACAUGAAAAUGAAUCAAUAAUAGGAUUUUGUAUGAAUAAGAAUUGCUCAAAACCUUCUUAAUUUUGUUUAUAAUGUUUGAAAACAUUUCAUUAAGAUCAUCACGAUGAUUGCAUAGGAUUUUAGGAAUUGUAAAAGUUGAUUGAUCAAUUAAUUCAAUCUUAAGAUGAGCAAUCUACCAUUUCUAAUAAUAUUAAGGAACAAUUUAUGCAAACACUCAAUACUAUAUCCAAAAAGUUUCAAUCAGAUAUUUUUAUAUUAAAAGAAAUAGAUCAACAAUUGAAAAACUAAUAAUAUUAUUCUUUAAAAUAAUAAAUACUAUUUAUUAAGGACCUCUUCUCAAUUGAGAAAGAAAAGAAAGAAUUUAAAUUACCAAUUAAAUAUCAGGGAUCAUUCCUAAUUGAACUGGAAAAGUUAAUGAAAGCUUUUAAAGAAUAAGAAAAUUCAUAAAAUGAAUUGAAAGAAAAGUUAUUUGAAUAAGGUAAUUAUUUAAAUAUCAUAAAUUAUUAGGAAAUGAAUUAUUUGAUAAAGGUUUGUAUGAAGAGAUUAUAAACUUGUUUGAUAAUUCAUAAAUAUAUGAUUGUAAGGUGUAUAACUUAAAGGGUAAAAUAAUAAUAUGAGUUGUAGGCAUGGCUUUAAGUAAAUUGGAUCGUUAUAACGAUGCUAUAAAUUGUUAUGAUUAAUCCAUUAAAGUCGAUCCAGAUUAUAAUACAGCAUUUUAUAAUAAGGGUAAAUAUAAUUCUUUAAUUAGGCAAUGCAUUAUUCAAUUUGGAUCGUUAUGAAGAAGCCAUUAAAUAAUAUGACCAAGCAAUUGAUAUUAAUCCAUAUGAUAGUGAUGCAUUUUAUAAUAAGGGUAUUUAGUUAUUUUUUAUCUUUUUUAAUUUAGGUAAUACAUUAUUAACGUUGAAUCGCUCUGAAAAUGCAAUUGUAUGUUAUGACCAAGCAAUUGAUAUUAAUUCAUAAGAUAGUGAUGCAUUUUAUAAUAAGGGUAAACAAUUUCAAUAAUAUAUAUUGAUAGGUAUUGCAUUAUUCAACUUGUAACGUUAUAAAGAAGCAAUAUAAUGCUAUGAUUAGGCAAUUAAUAUUAAUUCAAAUGAUAAUGAUGCAAUCUAUAAUAGGAGUAUUGAAUUCUUUAAAUUAAUUUUACUUAGGUAUUGCGAUAAGAAACUUGAAGCAUAAUUAAAAUUCUAUAGAAAAUUAUGAUCAAGUCAUUAAGGUUAAUAGAAGACGGGGCGACUAAAUUUAAAAUAAGGGUAUAUUAAUUUUAUAAUUUAGGAAAUAAUUUAAGAAAAUUGAAUCGUAUUUAACAUGCAAAAAGAUUUUGUGAUUAGCCAUUUAAAAAAAAUCAAAAUUAUAAUAUAUUAUUCUCUGAUCAUGCAAUUAGAGUAAAUUCAAAAGACAGCAACGCAUUUUAUAAUAAGGGUAAAUAAGUUUUUGUAACCAUGUAAAUUAGGAAAUACAUUAAUCAACUUGAAUUUUUAUUAAGAAGCAUUAAACUUCUAUUAUAAAGCUAUAAAAAUCAAUCCAAAUAACAGCUUGGCAUAUAAUAAUUAUGGUAAAUUAGUUAUUAAAUUUCAAUUUUAACUUAGGAGUUGCAUAAAUACAAUUGAACAAUUAUGAAGAAGCCAUAUAAAAUUUUAAUAAGGCGAUUAGAAUCAAUCCAAAUUAUAAUGAAUUUUAAUAUAAUAAGGGUAUUUGAUUUACAUUAAAUAUAGGCAAUGCAUUAUUCAAUCUAAGGCAUUAUUCAUAUGCAAUUUAAUGCUAUGAUGAAGCCAUUAAGAUAGAUUUAACUGAUAGCCAUUCAUUUUAUAAUAAAGGUAAAUAUAUAUCUACACAUUAUCUUAGGAAAUGUGUUAAGUUAAUUAGAAAAGUAUUAUGAUGCAAUUAAAUGUUAUGACAAAGCAAUUGAAAUCAAUCCAGAUUAUAGUGAUGCAUUAAAUAAUAAAGGUAAAAGAAUUCUUUAUAUGAAAUUUAGGUAAUGCAUUAUUUCAUUCAAAUCGGUGUUAUGAAGCUUUAGAAUGCUAUAAUUAGGCUUUAACUAUCCUGAAAAAUGCUUUUUAUAUGAAGAAUAAAGGUAUCAAAUAUUUGCUACUUUAGCUGAUGCACUAUUUUAUUUAAAUCGAAAGGAAGAAUCUAAGUAAUGGUAUUUGUAUGCAAAAAAUGCAGGUUAUGAUGAAGAUAAAAUUAGUUAAAUAUUGGAAAACUUUUGA